GGAGCUCAGUCUGCUAAGGAGGCCGGCUUUUGAACCAUGCUCCAGGACAGCUAAUACAACAACAAGCCCAUCUUUGGGAAGUUGGGGCCUUGACUCAAGCCUCGUGAUUUGCAGCUACACACCGAACUGAAGGAGUGAGUGAAAGGGAAGCACCUUAGAGGAUUUGGACCAAAAAGAGACAGAGAGAUGAGUCCUGAGCACUGCAGCUUGGUGAAGACACAAUCCAAUAGGCACGUGAAACUAUAACUGCAGGAAAACAUCACUACUCACUGCUGGUAACAAAAAAAGGUUGGCUUGGAGGAAGCCCCAGUAGCUGUCCAUCAAUCCAGCCAGCCAGCAGCAAUGCAGGGGCUGAUGUGGAGUCUGUGUGCCCUGCUCUGCCUCUCCCUUUGUGAGGAAAGUUACUGCAGGAGCUCCAGGGAAGCCCGGAUGGCCAAAGAGUCUUCCCUCCAGAGGAGUAAAAGAGCUACUGCGGAUGCUGAUGCUAAAAAGUGUUCCUAUACUUUCCUGGUACCUCAGCAAAAAAUCACAGGUCCAAUCUGUGCCAGCACCACAGGCCCUGAGCCAGACAAGGACAGAGUGACCCGCAUGGAUAUUGCAGAUGUGCGGGAGGUGCUCAACAAACAGCGGCGUGAGAUUGAAACACUGCAGCUGGUGGUAGAUGUGGAUGGUAACUUGGUGAAUGAGAUGAAGCUGCUGCGGAAGGAGAGCAGGAACAUGAACUCCAGGGUCACCCAGCUCUAUAUGCAGCUGCUGCAUGAGAUCAUCAGGAAAAGGGACAAUUCUCUGGAGCUGGCCCAGCUGGAGAACCGUGUCCUGAACGUGACCUCAGAGAUGAUGCGACUGGCUUCCAGGUACAAGGAGCUGGAGUCCCGAUUUGCCACAAUGGCUGGGGUGGUCAACAACCAGUCCAUUCUCAUCUCAGCACUAGAGGAGCAGUGCCUGAGAACAAUGGGACGCAGCGAGCUGCCUCCCGUUCCUCCGCUGGUGCAGGUGGUGCCGCAGAAUAUACCUGUUAACAACCGUUUCACCAAUGAGAUCCCGAGAUACAACAACCGGGCCUUCACCCGAGGAUCACGCAUGGACUCAUCCACUGCAAGCCCAUUUGGGAUUGAUCCUCCACCACCACAGGGAACACUUACCUCUGAUGGUCCUUUUAAGGACUGUUACCAGGUGCGACAGGCGGGCCACACCACUAGCGGCAUGUACCUGAUUAAGACUGACAACAGUGAUCGACUGAUUCAAGCCUGGUGCGAACAUAGCCUUGACAAUGGAGGAUGGACAGUGUUGCAAAGGAGGAGAGAUGGCUCUGUUAACUUCUUUCGCAAUUGGGAAACCUAUAAGAAAGGCUUCGGAAACAUAGAUGGUGAACACUGGCUUGGGUUGGAGAAUAUCUUCAACCUGGCAAAACAAGGUGACUAUAAGCUGAUAAUAGAGCUGGAAGACUGGACAGGGAAGAAGGUGUAUGCCGAGUACAGCAGUUUCCACCUGGAGUCGGAAAGCGAGGGUUAUCGGCUGAGGCUGGGCACCUACCAGGGCAACGCUGGCGAUUCCUUCAGCAGUCACAACGGCAAACAGUUCACCACGCUUGAUCGUGAUAAGGAUGCAUUCUCUGGUAACUGUGCCCAUUUCCAUAAAGGUGGCUGGUGGUACAAUGCUUGUGGUCAGACUAAUCUGAAUGGUGUGUGGUACAGCGGUGGAGUUUACCGCAGCAAAUUCCAGGACGGGAUCUUCUGGGCGGAUUAUGGAGGUGGCUUCUACUCCCUCAAGUCUGUUCGCCUUAUGAUUCGACCAAUCGACUAAAAUCUUGAACUGUGGUCCCGUGAUCGCACCCCCCAUCUCCUGUUUGAUCCGUCUUCUACCUAUAAAUAAUUUAUGUAUAAAGGCAGAAUCGGGAAUCCAUGCCACCUUAUCUCGGAGCCUUGUAAAAAAGCAACUGAGAAAGAGACAGGGGCAUGUGUCUAUGGUCAGACAACAACUUCUUCAGUCUGUAUAGCAGCUACAGUGGAGACUGAUCACAUCACCUUCUCUAAAUAAUUGCUCUUCUCCACCUACCAGAUUGGACAUUAUUGGCCCAUUGAGCUCUCUCAGGCCAUUCGGUAUUACUCUUGUGUCUUAUUUUACUCUGUCUUCUUAAGACUCAGUGUGUAAUAAAGGGAAAACGCCAUUUACUAAAAGAAAAAAAAAAGAAGAAAAAAAAAAAAAGAUUUCUUUUGAGCAGCUAAUGGCGACUUAUUGAAAGUAAUGCUUCCCAUAGCAUGGGGUACUGGAUAUACUGAGAUAUGUGACGUACAUACCAUGAAAAUUGAUGCAAUUUAAAGUUGUGCUUUUAGAAUAUCUGAAAAUCAAACGGUGGAGGACAGGCCAUGCUAAAUCUGUCUCCUUGUUUCUGGGAUUUUCUGGACUUCUGGGGUUUCUUAUACCCCCCAAAGAGAGUAAACUCAUGUCACCAUGUGCUAGUCUGAUGUGCAUAUGACUGAGCUGGCUUUGGUGUGUAAAUAUCGUUGGCUGUAUUUGUGAAAGUUAAUUUAAGAGUUGUGAUUCGACUCAGGCCAAAUGUUCACAGUGUUGUCACGCUGCCAUUAUUUGUUAUUUAUCAGUGUAUUUAUAGUAAAUGUAGUCAGUCAUGGCCAUUCUAUAUCCACUCCUGUAACAAUACAAUUCGUCAUAUUUUUUUAAUCCCAUGUAGAAAGGCAUUAGCAACACUUGAACAAAAGCACAGAAAACAUCAGAAUAAUUCCAGAUUGUAUGGAUGACUUGUGGAUGGAGACCAUGUGAUGUGCACUGCUAGCCAUCCAAUAAAAAAACUUGUUAAUAAACAUGAAAUUGUCUUUCAGUUUCCACUAUCAGUAGAAAGGUAAAGAAUGGCAUUUUGCCUUGUUUAAGAGACAGAAUAAAAUGCAAAAACAAAAUAUUACUAGAAGAAAAAAAAUGGUGUACACAGGCAUAUCAAACUCAGGAUCGUCUUUGCUGUGAUUUAAGUGCUACAGAAGUUGUCAUAGCAAGCAAAAGAGGUCAGAGAAGAAUAAACUGACAACUUUAAAAGGCUGUAUUUAAAAAUCAAUCUGUGUUGGAAAGAAAAGCAAAGCAAAAGGAAGGCUUGAAAGAAUCCUAAAAAUCAAGAAAACAGCUUAUCAGAGACAAAUCGGACUAUAUCACAGACAGACACAGAUGUGGGAGGACAUUAACUAAUGGUGCUGUGGAAUAAUAUAAACUACAAUGAAAGCAGAAAGAGACAGAAUGAUAAAAAACACAAGACAGCUGGAAGGGGGCUUGGAGGAGAACAUUCCUUUCACAUAAAGCCACUGAGCAUAUCUUGAAAUGAUGGUUCCCCUCUGGUCAGUUUCUCCCCAGAGGGCUAUAAGUCAGAACAGAUAGGAGCUGUCUGUCACCGUAACACUGUAAGGAGAGCACCGCUACAGUCAACACAACGGAAAGCCAACAAAAA